GUGAGAGCGAGCGUAACAAAAUUUGUUCUAAAGAGAUCUAAAUUGUUCUACCACAAUCACAAGACUAGAUAGAACUUGAUAUCCUUUGAUACCACCACCCAUUUGCAUCUGCUACAGUAUAUAUCAUACACAUAUAGAUAGAGAUAUACAACAUUUAUCUGAAUGGCACCACGUUCAACUGCUCAAAAGAGACUUUUAAAAGAGUUUCAACAACUUUCCAAAGAUCCUCCUCCCGGUAUCAUUGCCGGUCCAAUUUCUGAAGAUGAUUUAUUCAAAUGGGAUUGCCUUCUAGAAGGUCCAUCAGAUACACCUUAUGAAUACGGUGUAUUCCCUGCUUUAUUGCUGUUCCCCAAGGAUUAUCCUUUAAGUCCACCUGCAUUGAAAUUUGAUCCACCUUUAUUACAUCCUAAUAUUUAUGCCGAUGGUACCGUUUGUAUAUCGAUUUUACAUCCACCUGGUGAAGAUCCUAAUCAAUAUGAAAGACCAGAGGAAAGAUGGUCUCCAGUUCAAAGUAUUGAAAAAAUCUUAUUAAGUGUGAUAUCGAUGUUAGCUGAACCAAAUCCUGAAAGUGGUGCAAAUAUUGAUGCUUGUAAAUUAUGGAGAGAUAAUAGAGAUGAAUAUGAUAAUCAAAUAAGGAAUCAUGUUAGACAAUCCUUGGGUUUUGAAAAGUAAAUGAUGAUAGUUGAUUCAAUUAUAGAUCUGUCAUUUACUAGUUUAUCUAGUCUAUGAUCAAUGAUGGUAAUGACGAAAGUUAGUGUAAUUUUAAACAUAAAUAGCGGAAAUAUACAAUUUUGGACAUACAAUUUUAGUGAACCAUAAUGAAAUGAAGUAGUGUAACUAUGCUUUGUAAGUAACUAACGA